AUGGCUGAAGAUGAUUCUAACUGGAGUCUCCCGCUUGGGAAAGAUAUCAUCAUCCCCAUUACAUGCCAUUGCCUUGGGGGGUUCUCUAAGUUUAUUUUCAUGCAUAAUAUGUCCAAGCAAGAUUCUUUUGCAUCAGUUGCCUGCAAAGUUUUUGCAGGUUUGGUGAAAGUGCAAAGUCUGAUUGAGGAGAAUGCAGAUUUCGAUGGCCAUGAUGUCCCUGUUGGUUCUCUGAUCAAUGUACCAAUUCGAUGCGCUUGUCCUGGUUCGCCUCAAAGAAGAAACGGAGUGAAAUAUCUUGUGACAUACCCCAUUUUAGAGAAGGAUAUCAUUGAAGGCAUCGCUAGUAAAUUUGGAUUACCCGAAAAAGACAUCAGGGAUGCAAAUAAUCUAAGACAAUAUGAAGCAAUUUUUCCUCUAACAACUUUGCUUGUUCCCGCAAAGGAUGUCCCGGAAGUGAGGUGGCGUGCUGGUUCUCUUCCAGGAAGCUCACCUGCUCCUAGAGCAGUGAUUCCCCUGGAAAAAGUUGUACCUGGUACCAAAUCAACAAAAUGGAAUUUACAUGUAUUUCUUGGCGUAGGUGUUUCUGCGGCAGUUGUUAUGAUGAUGGUAGCUUGUGGGCUUCUUAUAUGCAUUCGGUGUCAUCCUAGGAGGUUCCAACCUUUAACUCCUAGAAGUUCAGUGUCAUCGAAUGUCUCACCUGAUUUUCUUGAUGGAAUGUCCAAGUUAAAGCAAUCAUUGAUUAAUUUCAGCUUGGAGGAGCUAAGGACUGCGACAGAAGAUUUCAACGAGGCUUAUAAGAUCGGUGUGGAAGUGUAUAGAGGUAGAAUUGGAGGUUACUAUCUAGCAAUUGAACAAAUGGAGUCAGAGGAAGGUGCUCGCCGUGUCAUUUACAUUUUGACAAAGAUCAAUCAUCUAAACAUUGUACAGCUUGAAGGAAUAUACAAUGGAGCUAAUCCUUAUCUUGUAUACGAAUUCGCUGAGAAUGGUAGCUUAAGGGACUGCUUGUCAAAUAAGAAAUUGGAUAGGCAGCUUACAUGGUUAAGAAGGAUGCAGAUUGCUUUUGAUCUGGCAGAUGCCCUUCACUACUUACACUUCUGCACAGCACCAGCCUUUGUUCAUCAAAAUAUAAACACUAGAAAUGUGCUUAUAACUGCCAAUUGGAGAGCCAAGAUUUCUGGGUUUAGACUUGCAAAACCUGUCAUUUCUGACGAAGAAAAGGAAGACAUUGUCUGGAAUAUUAAACAUAUGACUCCAGGCAGAGAGGCCCAUUGGACACCUGAAUACCUUACUAAUGGUCAGGCCUCUCUACAGGUGGACGUAUUUGCAUUUGGAGUUGUUUUGCUUGAGUUAAUAUCAGGAAAAGAUUUGUCUAGGGAUGGGAAAAUCUUGAAGGAUUCAGUCCGUUUUUUAUUUGAUGGAGCGUUUGAAGAUUCUUCUCAUUGCUUGGAAAAGUUGAAGGAAUUCAUGGAUCCUGUUUUGGGAGGAGAUUAUUCAUUGGGUGAUGCUAUGUGCUUGGCAUUCCUGGCCAAGUGUUGCAUGGAGGAGGAUCCUCAUCAUCUACCCACCAUGAAUCAUGUUUUGAAAGCUCUUUCAAGAAUCUUAACCUUUAAAUUUAAACGAGGACUGAAUAAUGCUGCUUCAUUGUUCUCUCAUAACCAUACGCUUCUUGGAAAGAUCAGACAUGUGAUUUCCAAGCAGGAAGAUGAGAUACAGUCGUGGAUUGACACCUUUGAGAGGGAUGCAAAUGAUGUCCCUAUCUGCAACAAGGGAACUGGUAAUGUUGCUGCAACCAUCUUGUGCAACCGGCAACAAACCCAGCUUCUCCAUAACCGAGAGCAGCCCCGCAGCGGCUCCUUUCUUCCUCAGCCGCCUACCAACAGCAACAGAGAAGCAGCACCCAUGGAGCCGCGCCGUCCACAGAUUCACCGGCCACCGACAGCUGCAGACCGGACAAAACUCAAAGGCCAGCAGCCCUAUGGUCACACUGUCGACCGUAGUGGCGUUCCUCACAGCCCGGCAAGGAAGGGAAGAGAAGAAGAUAGCCGACCAGAUCCGUCCAUUUUCAGGCACUGCUUGCGGCGGCGCGUGAACCCACGCACCGCCAGUGGUUGUGGCUCGUGGGGCAGACACGCCGCCACUGUUCCUGAGGCUUUGCAGCACUGUUCCAUGGCUUAG